AUGCAAGUGAAGUUGCCGCCAAAAACUGCCCUGGUAUUUGCAGCAAAAAGAGAGCUCCAUUGUCCUGCUGAUAAGCCUAAGGAGGUUUCGAGGUUGAAGCUACCCAGUGUUGAGUUUGUGUCAAAUUUGCUGGACCGGAGAUGGGCGUUGAGGAGCCAAGAUGCUCAAAUUCACCAAGUAAUGGUAUCUGGGACUGGCAGCUGUAAAGAGCUGGGAACUGGUUACAAUUUUCGAAAUAAUCCACAACCAGUUCUGGGGGAGAGCUUGUUGGGGAGUAGCUUCGGACAGCCAUCAUUCUAUGUAGUGAGGGAUGAUUUGUUGCAUCCUUUGGUCAAUGGUAACAAGGCCAGAAAGUUGGAUGCGUUGCUCCCUUUGCUGGAGGAUAAUUCUGUGACUGAUGUGGUCACUUGUGGAGGCUGUCAGAGUGCGCAUGCCGCAGCAGUUGCUAUUUCAUGCGCGGAGAGAGGAGUGAAGGCACAUCUGCUACUUCGAGGAGAGCAGCCUGAAACUCUUACUGGUUACGCUCUAAUUUCCGCAUUGUAUGGAAAUGUAACUUACAUGGAGAGGUCAUUGUAUGCCAGAAGGGAGGAAAUGCUACUGAGGCAUGCAAGCUCCAUAGCAGACAGUAGUGGAAAUUUUGAAUCUCUCAACAAUUUGCUGGAGGUAGCCUUUUCUACCUGUCCGGCAUAUCAGCACCAGAACCUUUUGCCUCCAACUGUUUCUAGAGAACUUAUAGAUAAGAAAGUCGUUAUCAUCAAUGAAGGGGCAGCUGAUGUUGUGUCACUGCUAGGUGUUAUGCGCCUCGUACAGUACUUAUCUCAAAAGCACAUAUUUGGAGGAGUUCAGACCAUCAAAAUUGUUGUAGAUGCAGGAACUGGAACAACUGCUGUUGGUCUGGGAUUGGGUGCUAUGUUUCUAGGGUUACCCUGGGAAGUUCAUGCUGUGAUGCUUGCAGACACAAUCGAUGGCUAUAGGAAAAAGGAGCAAACUCUAAUUUCAGAAUUCCACAAAAUUUGUAAUUCUGGAGAUGUCAACCUUCAUCCACGUGUAGGGAACGAUAAAGUUGUGCACUGGGUCGAGCGAAGAUCUCCAAGAAAAUUUGGCAAUGUCUUGAAAGGAGAAGUUGAAGAAUGCCAAAGAAUUGCACAACAAACUGGCAUUCUGGUUGACCCUGUGUAUACUUUGGCUGGUUGGGAACUAGCCACAAGAUUUAGUCAAGAUGAGGGAACACAUAAUGAUGCCAAAGUGGUGAUGCUUCACACAGGAGGCACACUUGGAUUGUUUGGACUUGCACAAAGGUCCACUAUUACUAUCUAGAUUCAUCAUAUAGUAAGUUUCCGAGUCUUUCGAUCCGACCAUUCUCUCAAAGCAAGCUCUCAAGUACGUCAACUCUCCGCCGCCCCCUUCUGAUGAUGAUGAAGAAGUCCGAGUAUGAUCUCCACUGGGGAGCACUCCAGCACCCAUGGAAACUGCCUGAAGCAAUUGUAUGACAUGCACAUCCUCAUCAGUUGGCUCCCUUUUCACAGCAUACCCAACUUUUCUACCAUUACAAUACAUAGUCCAUAUAGGCUCAUCAACAAGCUUAAUUUUUUCUGAUGGGUGGCGCUUUUCGCAUUCAAGUGCAAUUCUGACCAAACCCAAGCCCAUGUCAUGAAGAAGCUUUCCGGUAUUGAUGGAAAGUUCAAGAAUGAGGAUUGGAAGGCUCCUGGGGCUUUCCUGUAAAGCCAAAUUAACUCUGCAUUUGCGAUACCCAAAAAGUGUUCCCGUCAUUUGCUUUCCUCCGUGAAUGUUGUGGUGGCCGUCGUGCCUGCCGCCGCCACCACCAAUGGUUGGCAUAUUAGGCAUCUUGCAUGGUGUGGUCAUGAUGGGUAGUGAUUUGAAAACUGAUCUGACUCGACGGAAUAGCUUGGUUGGUUUCAGUGAACCUUUCCUGUGGUGAUGAUUAUUAGAAUUUUGUUGUUGAAGGGGCAGAACCUGGCGGCCACCCGCAGACGAGGGCAAAGAGGAAGACCGUGCCGUCGCAAAGCCACCAUUGAUAAUGGACGGUGAAGCUGGAGAUGGAGGUGGCGGAGGUUUACGUGUGGGCAUUGUAUAGACUUUUGGAUAAGAGAGAUUUUGGUAAUGCCAGAAAUGAAGUUGUCGAAGCAGGUAUUAGUAUUAGAUUGAUGAUGGUUAUAAUGCAUCAGUGUGCAUGUUCAUAAGAGUAAUGGAGGACACGUUUACUGCUCAUUGUUGAAUCAGGGAGGCAGAUUGGAGCCCUAAAGGCUGUUUUUGACUUGAAACCUUAACACCUGUGUAGUUGGAACUCAGUUUAAUUUAAUAGGAUAGAAAUUUGCAAAUACUCCCCACUGUGAAUGAAAAUGAGGGAGAUAAUGAUGCGCACGUUUUUGGUCACUGGGUAAUAUUCAACAUGAAGUUGCCAUUUUUGAUCAGUGAUAAAUUUGAACUCUCUCUGUUAGUCAGUUGCAUACCAAGUCCCAAUCUGAAGGAAUGCGGCGAAAGUUUACGAGGGGCAUUUAUUUCUUCUAUUGUGUUUAAAACAACUGUACUAAUACGAG